AUGGGCCUAGGGACCGCUUUUGGACUCGUUUUAGUUGGUUCCACCUCAUGCCUGGUGACUCAACUCCCUCCGACAACCCCUGUUACGUUGUUGACCGCGCUCCCUGUACACGCGCACACUCCUCAGCCUGACGUCAUUGAGAAAUUCUGGCGUUUAGAGGAAGUUCCCCCUCCCGUUAAGUCUACGCCAGAAGAAAGGCUGGCCGAGAAAAUUUAUUCUGAAACCACUGUUCAGCUUCCCGAUGGUCGCUAUGAAGUCAAUCUGCCCUUUCGCCCUGACCCCCCUGCCCUCGGUUCCUCUCUUGAUUUAGCUCGCAAACGUAUGCUCUCCUUAGAAAGGCGUUUCGAGUCAAAUCCGAAAUUGGCGGAAAAAUACCGGAAAUACAUGGUCGAUUUUGAAAAGGAUGGUUUCAUGUCGCCAGUCCCCCCAAACCCCUCCCCCGAGGAGGCGCCAAAGUAUUUUUUGGCUCAUCACGGUGUCACCAAAACUACCAAUGGAGUGACAAAAUUGCGAUGCGUUUUCGAUGGCAGCGCCCCUAGCUCCACGGGCGUUUCAUUAAAUGACACCUUGUUAGCUGGCCCUGCCCUCCAGAAUGACGUCCGUGACGUCUUACUGAACUUUCGCGCCCACCCUGUGGUUUUUGCCUGUGACAUUAAGCAAAUGUACUUGCGCAUUAGCGUCACAGAAACUCAUCGCCCUUAUCAGUGUAUUUUAUGGCGUGCUCACCCGUCGGAGCCGCUGAAAGCGUAUUAUUUGAACACUGUCACUUUCGGAAUCAAUUGCUCGCCCUUUUUAGCAAUUCGAACCCUGCAUCAACUGGCCAGGGAUCACGGACAUAAGUAUCCUAACGCAGCCAAAAUCCUUUUAGAGUCUGUUUACGUCGAUGACGUCAACGGGGGCGGACCUACCAUUCGUGUCGCUAAGGAGCACCUCGAGGAGUUGAUCGCUCUUCUCGCCCUGGGAGGAUUCUUCUUGCGAAAAUGGUCGGCCUCCCACCCCGAAAUUUUAGAAAAUUUGCCCGCGGACCACCUAGAAUGCCCAAUCAUUGACGAAAAUGAUGAAAGCCCGCGGUUUUCGAUUUUGGGCGUACAAUGGGCGCCAAAAUUGGACUGUUUCACCUAUGUAAUUAAUUUAAAGCCUCACGCAGCCACCAAGCGCGGCAUUCUCUCCAUGCUUGCUUCAAUCUAUGACGUCUGCGGAUGGAUUGCACCCGUGACCUUCACUGCUAAAUCCUUAAUGCAGGAAAUAUGGAAAUUGAAACUGUCAUGGGAUGAGCGAGUUCCCGAUGAAAUCUGGCAACUGUGGUCCAAUUUCUGUAGAGAAUUGCCAGCGCUGCGCAAGGUUUUGAUUCCUCGCUGCUUGUAUGUGAGCGCGGAAUAUUUUGAAGUCCAUGGAUUUUGCGACGCCAGUCAAUUAGGAUAUAGUGCCCUUUUGUAUCUUAGGUCUUCGCCCUCCCCGGAUUCUGAAGCCCUUGUAAAUCUCGUCACUGCUAAAACAAAAGUCGCACCCCUGCGUCAG